CCAGGCCUUAUAUUGCUGACGGAGCUGGGGUGGCCAAAAAAAGCCUGGGGUGCAAGCCAACAGUGGAAGCGCAAGGAAGAGAGCAGAGCAAGCAGGAUCGCCGCUGAAAUGGCCACCAAACUUAUGGAUCUGGUGUAUUGGCGGAGCGUGAGGAGGACUGCUGUGGUGUUCACAGGCCUGGUGAUCGGUCUGGCCAGUAUGUUCCAGCUCAGUGUUAUCACCGUGCUCUCCCACGUAUGUCUGGGUGCCAUGUGUGUCACCUUCCCCCUCCGUCUCUACUAUAAACUCCUGGAGCUGCUGCGCUGGAACCCCGGGGUCCACCCCUUCCAGUCGUAUCUGGAUAAUGACGCCUCUCUGACAGAUAAGGAGACAGUGAUGCUGGUAGAGGAAGUGGUGCUACUGAUUGCAUUUGCCUUCACAGAGAUCAAACGCCUGCUUUUCAUCGACAGCAUGAUUGACUCUAUUAAGUUUGUUGUUCUCCUGUAUCUGCUGACCUAUGUCGGUGUCCAAAUCAAUGGACUGACGCUGGUUAUAACCGCGGUCAUCACCAUUUUCUCCAUUCCUCUGUUGUACAAAAAGCAGCAGGUGCGGCUGAGGAGGAUGGUUAGAGCGGUUAAAGCUUUUGUGAAGAGAAUUAAAAACAUGUGCUUCAGUCUGUAUGAUUCAGUGAGACCCUCUCCUGCCUCUGAACCUGCCCCAAAACCUACACCUGCAGCUGCACCUGCCCCCAAACAGAAAGCCAAGUCCAAGUAACUUGUUGGUCUCAUGUUGAAAGCACCAAGGAUUUGGGAUUUGGAAAAUGUUGGAAUGGUACAUCCUCCGUGGGGCUGCUGGAGGGGCAGCUCAUUUUCAUUUCUCCACCAUGAUGUUUGUUUAUGGGAGCACGAUUUAAUCGAUCCUGACAGCUGAAACAAAGCUUCCAUUCAAUCAAGGACAGGGAGUGGAAGUGCAUGAGGAGAAGAAUUUUAUUUACUGAGAUGCUUUCUGUGGGCAGCAUUUAAUGUAACCAGUUCACACAGUCAUCUACUCCAAGCAGGGACAGCACAGAAUAUCCCUGUUGUUGUUUUUUUCUUUGAUAACAGGUCUAUUUUUACACAACCAGUGAGCACUGUGUUCCUGUUGAGCUGCAGAAUUAUUCAUAACGAAGCAGUGAAGCAUUAUUGCUGCUUUCAUUAUUUAGCAUAAUGUAUUGUUGGCUGGGUAGAAUCAAACUGACAUGAAGAUCACCCGCCAUUAAUUAAGAUUAAUGGUUUUGCGCUUGCUACAUAACCUACGUAACCUAAGUAUUAGAAAAAGCUUUUAAAGCAGCAGCUCCUUACAACUUUUGUGAGACUUAUAUGAGAAAUAAUAAGAGCAGUAUCCUCUGCUCUCCAUGCUAAUUGCAUUUAAUGAGGUACAAACAGUCACUUCCUGCUGCUCUUGAGGCCUUCAAGUGAUUAAAGGUACAAAGUGUACAAAGCAACUCUUAACAAGUGACAGCAACCUUAGCCGUCCGACAGUAACUCAACUGAAUUGGGAUUCAUGGCACAAAGGAUGAUGCUUUAUGGCACAAUACAGCAGUAAUUUCUAUUUUGCAGAUAAGAGAAAACUUUUUUGGCUGUUAUAUAUGAACCAAUAGUUUAAACUUACAAUAACAGUUUUUUAGAGGCUGUGGAAACAAGAUGUGAACACAACAUUUAAAUAUCAUCACUUUUUAAAUUGAUAUAGUGAACUUGUUAGUAAUCAGUUACACAUCCAACAGGCACAGAGCAACAUCAGCAUUCAUUUAGAGUUGUGUUUGUGUCCACCUGUUGAAUAUAAGUCCAAUAUUCACUCCAUUUUUAGAGAGAGAGCUGCCGACAAAUGCUCUCCGCUAUGUUCACCAGCUGGUCAUUAACUUUGUCUGUCAGCUGUUUGGUGCUAAGCAGACAGGGUACAGAGGGGUUUUAAAGUGUUUUAACAUGAAAACAACGGAUGCAGCUGCAAACCAGGCUUGAGAGCAGUGAGAGUGAACCAAAAUAGCCAGCUGUAGGCCAGAAAACCAAAAUAAUGAGCUGAAAGAUGCUAUUCUCAAGAGCUGAGGGGGAAUGAGUUGAGUCGGGUGAUGGGAGUUUGUCACUAGGAAUGUCUUCUUUCACAGUAGUUAUUUAAUCCACUGUUACUAUAAAAAUAUUGAUUAUAGCUGCUUUAAGUUUGCCAGAAUGUAUUUGUCUAUUUUUUUAUUUGUAAUGGGGCAAUGGAACAAGAAAUGCUCACCUUUGGAUUGGCUCUUAUAUCUAACAUAACUAUAACUAACUAGACAACUUUAACUAUUUUCAUGUGGACACACCACCUCCACCCUAUUUCAGUCUGUGUGAACCAGUUGCACUAUAAGCUGUCUUCAGAGGACAUUUCAGUAGAUAAAACUACAAUCUACAGAUUUUAUACCAUUUAUAAAGUAUCAUCAUCAGGUAUUAGACAAAAAGUUAGUUACUUAAAUAAUAGGAUAGGAUUGAGACACAAAAUUUUGAGGCCUUGUCUCACUCCCAAAAAUAAAACCAACAAAUGAAGCAGCGUCGCAACAUGCUGCUGACAGCUUGUGAAGAGAAAAGUGCUUGAGGGGCAGUUUGACAAGGAAGUGGAGGUCACUUUCAUUACAAUACAAAAAUAUCCACUUUAAGAAACCAUUAAAUUCCAUUACUCUUCUGUUUCCAGUGCAGUUUCAGGAAUUUAAUGGACAUCCUGAAGGUAGAAUAAUGGAGAUCACUCCUAUAGCAUCUCAAGAACUUUCUCUUUGAUAGUUUUGUCAGUCUGUAAUAUAACAAUUUAAUACUUGCAGCGAGGAUCUGAUGUUUGUCUGGCACAACUUUAUGUCAUCACUUUCCAGAUCAACCAAACUAAUCAAAAAUGUGGUCCUUGUUUGUUUCCCACAAAGACAUCACCAUAAAAUUACACAAAACAAUUUGUUAAAGUAUCAGUAUUUUGAACAAAAGUAACAGUUCUCUAUGAGUUAAUUUACACAAUUUAAACAAGCGACACUUCAGUUGUUACCCCCGACAUGGGUAGUUGCACUUGUUAACUUGCUGUGCAUUAUGUGGACAUUCAAACUUGGCCUGAUUUCCUCCAACACUAGUUAGUAAAUUGUCACUCCCAUAAACGGUGACAUCAGCGGAAAGACCAACAAAAAUAGAUUAGGGUUGGGUGUGUAUCAAUGGUGGCUUGUUAAAAAUGUCCCGGUGCUUUAAUUGACAUGACGGCGAGUAGAUAAUGACAAAAGUUUUAAUUCUGAGAGAACUAUUCCUUUAUUCUGACAACUGAAUGGUUUUAGCUGCCAAAUCUGAGCCAGUAAACUGUAAGCAGUUAUUUCAGUGCAGCUGUUUAGCCGGCGAGCUGCUGUUAGUGUAUUAGAUUGAUGCUGAUAAACCACAUGGUGCUCACUAGUGGUCAGUGUUUCAGAACUUAAAACGCAGCUGCACUCAUACUAACAUGUCUUAAUGAACUGAAGUUAUUUACUGUAAUUUAACAUUAUGAUCUUCAGACACCUGCUUAUAGGGCAGGCAAAGAGGCCUUUGGUACUUUCAGUAUGAAAAAUAAAUGUCAGUUACCACAAAGAUUUUCUCACUUACUUUAGGUGGAAUCUAGAUCUGCAUAUAGUUUUAGUUUAUUUUGCCCUGAAAACACUUUAUUUUUGACUCAAAACCUGAAAUCAUGAAACCAAAAACUCUGAAAUGUGUGAGAAAAUUAAUUUGGGUGAACCGACCUUUUAAAGAUACACCCGUGCAACAGCUUACCAUAGUAACAGCUGAUAUCGCUUCAAAAAUUAAAUAUUUGUAUCAAUAUAAUAUCCUUUUUAUGGCCUAGUUUUGGCUGUUGAUGUGGAAUUGGCAUCAUUGUGAUAUUUUUCUAUGUCACCUAAUAUAACUGUAAAAUGUGCAACAAAAUAAAAGUGUAAUCAUGAUAUCCCUAGAAAAAUGCUUUACGUGAGGCACGACAGGGCUUAACCUAGAUUGUUUGUUCUCUUAUGGAUGUCACUUUUAUCUUUUGUUUUAGAUUUACUUAUUUCUAUAGGUAUUUAUAAUUUUUUAUUGUUAUUUCCUGUUGUUAUGUUGCUCCCCAAUAAAAGGUUAUUUACUAAAAAUGAAGGUAA